AUAUCAAUUCUUGAUUUUAUACAAUUUUGUCCAAUCCUUGAUUGAGCACACACAAAUGAUACAUUGUUUAUUAAUAGAACGUACUAUUCUCACAUAUUUAAAUUUCGCUUGUUGGUGAAUUUCAAUGUGUGUAAAUUGUUGAAACAUUAUUUAUAUAUUAUUUAAUAGUGUAAUAUCUUAAUUUUUAUAUUUAUAUUUAAAAUUAAAAUAUAAUAUCUUUUGUUUUUUUAAUAAAAUUAAUAAAUAUAACAUAUUAAUCGUAAGUAAAUUUAUUACAAACAAUAUAUAUUUAGAAGAAAUAUUUAGAGAAAUCAAUAAUAUAAUAUUAUUUAUAAUUUAAUGAAGAAAAAAGAUUCUAAUCUUUACUAUAAAUGUAACCUACUGAUUAUAUCUUAUUAAUACAAAUUUCAUUAUAAAAAAAUGUUAUCUACCAUUGUAAAAGAGCACCAAAGCAAACAAGCAGCGAGAAAAGAGAGACAAGAACAAAAAAGAAAAGAAGCUGUACAAGCUGCAAGUAAUUUGACACAAGCUUUGGUUGAUCAUCUAAAUGUAGGCGUGGCACAGGCAUAUCUCAAUCAAAAGAAAUUAGAUGCAGAAGCAAAACAAUUGCAACAUAGUGCAACAAAUUUUGCAAAACAAACACAAUCAUGGUUGAACCUAGUAGAAGCAUUUUCUAGUGCAUUAAAAGAAAUUGGUGAUGCUGAAAAUUGGGCACGUAGCAUUGAAGGAGAUAUGAGAACUAUAGCAACUGCUUUGGAAUAUUCUUACAAAGCUACUCAAGAAGCUCAAGGAACCAGCACUUCUUGAAAGAUUAAAAAUGUACAUUAUGUUACACAAUAAUAUUUAAAAAGAAAUUUAACAAUAAGUGUUAUAAAAUUUAAUAUUGUUUUGUAUUAUGUGUUAAAAUAAAUGGAUUUAUCAUGUUUUCUUA